AUGCCGCUCGGCAAGAAGUGUGGCUCCAGCAUAUCGGAAGGACUGACUUGGACCCUGUAUCGUCGCGGAUUUGUGAGGUGCUCGCGUGGCGUUAGGGCCGUGACCCAUCCCCAGAUGCUCGCGCCACGUCGGCGCCGUGACCCACCCCCUCUUUCCCCGCUGAUGCUGCAUCACGUAGGACCACUUCACUGCGGACCAAUUCGAGCCGUACUGCUGCGCAAGUUUGGUACUAAAAAGUUGAAGAGAGACGCGGCGCCUACGAUCUUCAGUCAAGAGCAUUUGCAAACGUCAGAAUGCAAUGAUUCAGCCCGCUCAUCUUGUGGCCUUAAUCUACUACUAACAGCAGCUGCUCUUGUUGAUGAAGCCAAAGAGACACACUGCCCAUCAGCUACGAAUGUGCUUCUGACACCAGCUGCUGUUGAUGGCUAUGGAGCCAACAGUGAUGCCACUCAAGCAGGGUUAGGUUCUUCACAAGGUCACACUGCCACUGAUUCAGCACCAUCGGAUUUUCCAGAAGAUGCACCUUCAAGUUCCGAAUGUGACGCACUGCCAGCUUGUUCAGCAGGUGUGGAAACCACCCAUGAAUCGAGCUGCCAGCCAUUUCAAGCUUUGACGGUGCCUGUUGAGUCUCAGCAGAACUUUUGUGCUGCCUGUGGAGGAUUUCUGUCUGCUGAGGGCACAGCUGAUGUCACCGGCUCCAGUUCAAGUAGUUGGGAUGCUGAUCAAGCAGUAGUAGCUGCCCUUCACAAAAGAAUAGCUACAUUGGAAGAGUGCUUGAACAACAUGAAGCGGAAAGUUGCUACACUGCAACAACAGAAAAGCAGAGCAAACCGUAGAAACCAUGAACUCACGCAAAACAUCAAGAAGUACCUGUCACCAGAUCAACUGCAAGAUCUGAAGAUACGCUCUAUAUCGAAACACGUGUGGAAGCCUGUGCAGACGGGCAUAAUUUUGGUUGGCCUGUGA